AUGGCCAAAACUUCAAAGAUCAAGAAAGAUCCAACAGCGAAUCCGCGAUCCCGGGCCUCAAAGCGAGCCACGUCCCCGUCCAUCGACGUUGACAAAUCCAUCAGAGACGCCCCGCGCGCGUCGGACGCCACGCCGAUCCUGGCCGCUCGUCCGAACGGCGGGAUCACCAAGCCGAAGCGGAAACAAAAGCCUCUUUCCCGCGGGCAACGGCGCAGACAUGAAAAAGGGUUGGCCAGGGCAGAGAUGGUGCAAGAUCAGCAUGCGAGAAAGAUCGAAGAUGCUUCACAUCGUCUGAAGAAGAGGCGCGAGAGGAAGGGCAUGUGGGAGGAAGUCAACGGGACGAACAAAUUCGACAAAUUAAGGGCAGUGCUUGGUGAUGAUGACGCGAAUGAGAAUGACGAGGAUGGAUGGGUGGAUGACAACAUGGAAGAGGUCGACAACGAGGGUGAUCAUGUCGAGAUUCUCGAAAAGUCGACGACAAUUUCCAAGGCGAGGCUAGUAGUGGUAGACCGGACAGCAUCAUCUGUCGCAGCGGCCACCGCACCCAACACGACGACGCAGGAAGAGGACGAAGCGGACAAGAUAACAUAA